AUGGUGCUUGGGGAUUUCAAAGAGGAAGACAAUGUGUCCGCAGUAAAACAAUUUGUCCUUCUGGGAUUCUCUGACCUCCCAAGCCUCCAAGGGUUCCUGUUUGGGGCAUUUGUCAUUGUUUAUGUGGUUAUCUUAUUUGGAAAUGGUCUCAUCAUCAUAAUCACUAGGCUUGACGCUGCACUGCAGAAACCCAUGUAUUUUUUCCUGGCAAAUUUUUCUACCUUGGAAAUCUGUUAUGUGUCCGUCAUUAUCCCAAGAAUUCUGUUCAACCUUUGGACUCAGAAAAGAAGCAUUUCUCUGUUGGACUGCGCCUCCCAGAUGUGUUUCUUCCUUAUGCUGGCAGCCACUGAGUGCUUUCUCCUGGCUGUGAUGUCCUAUGACCGCUACGUGGCCAUCUGCAGCCCUCUCCACUAUCCUCUAAUCAUGAACCCAAAGAAGUGCAUCCAACUGGCAGCCGGAGCCUGGCUCGGGGGAAUCCCAGUCCAGAUAGGACAGACCUGUCAAAUAUUCUCUCUGCAUUUCUGUAGUUCUAACAAAAUCACCCACUUCUUCUGUGACAUACCUCCCAUCCUCAAGCUAGCCUGCGGGGACACUUUGGUGCAUGAGCUGUCUGUUUAUGCAGUAGCCGUGUUGUUCGUUGCAGUCCCUUUCAUGCUGAUAAUUGCCUCUUACAGCAAAAUUAUUGCCACUGUUCUGAGGCUGCCGACCACCACUGGACGUGCUAAGGCCUUCUCCACCUGUUCUUCCCACCUGCUCGUUGUAAUUCUCUUUUAUGGAUCUGCUAGCAUUACCUACUUCAGGCCCAAAUCCAACCAUUCUGCCGGAACUGACAGGUUGCUCUCUCUUUUCUACACCAUCGUGACUCCCAUCUUCAAUCCCAUGAUAUAUACCCUUAGGAACAAGGAUGUGAUUGAGGCACUGAGAAAAUUAUUACUGAAAAUAUAG